AUCCAGGUUGACUCAGACUCAAGAGGCCGCGACUUGACUAUAAAGAUGUAGCAGGAGCACUAUUCGUGACAGUCGACAUUUUUCAGUACAUAAAUUGCCCACACCACUCCCUUGCCAAUUUCUUCUCCCAAUCAAGACCUCCUUCUCUACUGCGAAUAUAUGUCAGACAGCUUGCUCACAGCGAACAGAAUUCCUGAAUGGGGGACCAACCUUGUGAUACCGCGGACAUCAUCAUGGACCCUUCUUACACCCUCCGCAUACAUCGGCCUGAGGACUUGCCACACAUAGUCCAGCGACAUGAGGAACUCUACAGCAAAGAAUACAGCUACAACAGUCACUUCAUCGAGAUCGUGACCAAAGUAACUACUGAUUUCCUCGAGCACCAUGACCCCAAGCGCGAAAGAUGCUGGAUCGCUGAACGAAACGGCGACUUCCUCGGCUGUGUGAUGCUCGUCAAAGACAAAGAGUCCGAUGGCACGGGCGCUAAAUUGCGCCUUCUUCUCGUCGAACCGAGUGCCCGGGGUCUGGGACUUGGGGGCGAUCUAGUCCGGCAGUGUACGCGGUUUGCAAAGGAAGCUGGCUAUACAAAGAUACGACUGUGGACGAAUGGCGAGUUAGUUUCAGCGAGGAGGAUUUAUGCCAAAGAAGGGUAUAAGCUUGUUCACGCGGAGGAGGAUGACUCGUUGGGAGUGAAGUCUGUGUCGGAGUACUGGGAGUUGACUCUCUGAUUGCUUGUACGAUAAUACCAUUCUGUUACUACUAUUAUCGCAGCCACGUCUCUUACUAAUGGGGCGGUCUUGCCUUGAAAAUCGAGCCGGUGAGGUGUCCAUAUAUCGGAUAAUUAGUGCGAAUUGCAGGUAACUAGCCACAGCUGCAUAUAAAUAACUCGACCAGACGAACCUAUCUACCAGUAUGCAUCAUACAUGAUCUAGUACAGGAAGAAGCAGCAAUUUACGCAUUAUGGUGCCGGGGGCCUGCAAAGAACUCGAACAAACAUUGGUAAGCGACUGCCACCAAGUCACUGUGAUCGCCGGAUGGGAAGUAAAUAAGAUUAUUAUUAAAGAAGUGUAUAUAUGCCUAUGCAAGAUGCAGGAAUAGUAAAUGGACUUGUGUGGCU